AUGUCGACCAGCCCCCAGCACGUCGACCAGCCCCAUCACGUCGACCAGCCCCCAGCACGUCGACCAGCCCCAGCAUGUCGACCAGCCCCAGCACGUCGACCAGCCCCAUCACGUCGACCAGCCCCAAUGUCAACCAGCCCCAACAUGUCGACCAGCCCCAGCAUGUCGACCAGCCCCAACACGUCGACCAGCCCCAGCACGUCGACCAGCCCCAUCACGUCGACCAGCCCCAACACAUCGACCAGCCCCAGCACGUCGACCAGCCCCAGCAUGUCGACCAGUCCCAGCAUGUCGACCAGCCCCCAGCACGCCGACCAGCCCUUGCACGUCGACCAGCCCCCAGCACGUCGACCAGCCCCCAGCACGUCGACCAGCCCCAGCAUGUCGACCAGCCCCAACACAUCGACCAGCCCCAACACGUCGACCAGCCCCAGCAUGUCGACCAGCCCCAGCACGUCGACCAACCCCAACACGUCGACGAGCCCCAGCACGUCGACCAGCCCCCAGCACGUCGACCAGCCCCAGCAUGUCGACCAGCCCCAGCACGUCGACCAACUCCAACACGUCGACGAGCCCCAGCACGUCGACCAGCCCCAGCAUGUCGACCAGCCCCAACACGUCGACCAGCCCCAGCAUGUCGACCAGCCCCAGCACGUCGACCAGCCCCAUCACGUCGACCAGCCCCAAUAUGUCAACCAGCCCCAACAUGUCGACCAGCCCCAGCAUGUCGACCAGCCCCAACACGUCGACCAGCCCCAACACGUCGACCAGCCCCAGCACGUCGACCAGCCCCAGCAUGUCGACCAGCCCCAACACAUCGACCAGCCCCAACACGUCGACCAGCCCCAGCAUGUCGACCAGCCCCAGCACGUCGACCAACCCCAACACGUCGACGAGCCCCAGCACGUCGACCAGCCCCAGCAUGUCGACCAGCCCCAACACAUCUACCAGCCCCAGCACGUCGACCAGCCCCAGCACGUCGACCAGCCCCAGCACGUCGACCAGCCCCACACCUAA